AUGGCACUGAUACUGCUUAUAGCUGGCAGCUUAUCAGCCAAGGAGGUUGAAUCUAAAGCUAAAGUGUCAGAACUUCUUGAGAACGGAAUUAAAGACGAGCCUGCAGGAAAGCCCGCUAAGAGAGGAAUUAUCUCCUCAGGUCAUGGAUAUAUAUCAUCAGGAUUAUCGCACGGAAUCAGUCUCGGUUCUGGACUUUCUCACGGGAUAAGUUACGGUUCUGGACUCUCUCACGGAAUAAGUUACGGUUCUGGACUCUCUCACGGAAUCAGUUACGGUUCUGGACUGUCUCAAGGAAUCGGCAUUGGUUCAGGAUUGUCAUCGGGAUAUGGUAUUGGCGGAGGUUCAGCCAUUGGAAUUGGUUCUGGAAUAGGACUGGGUAGUGCUGGAAUAGGACUGGGUAGUGCUGGAGUGGCAGUCGGAGCUGCCCCGGCAGUUGCAGCCGCGGCCCCUGCUGUUGCUGUAGCUGCUGCCCCUGCUGUUGCUGUAGCACCACAAGUUCAAACUUCCGUUUCCGUUCAACCAAAUCCUGUAAUUCUUCGUCAAGAAGUACCAAGAUUUAUUACAAGAACAAUUACUAGAGAUGUCCAAGUCCCAGUUCAAGUGCCUGUUCCAGUACCAGUAGACCGUCAAGUGCCCUAUCCAGUCAGGGUUCCAGUGCCUGUACCAGUCGACCGACCAGUACCAGUCAUCCAUAAAGUGCCUGUUGAAAUUACUAGACAGGUUCCUGUGUACUAUGAAAAGAAGGUACCCUACCCGGUUAAGGUUCCGGUAUCAGUACCUGUACCAUACCCAGUGACGGUCGAAAAACAAGUUGCAGUAGACCGUCCCGUCUACAUUGACCGUCCAGUAAAAGUACAUGUUCCAGUGCACGUUGACAGGCCUGUUGCCGUUCCUCACCCAGUGGUUGUGGACAGGCCAGUAGCGGUCCCUCACCCAGUCGUUGUCGACAGGCCAGUGGCAGUGCCGCAACCUGUGGUUGUUGAGAAGAAUAUCGCGUCUGUUUCUAGUAUCCCGAUCUCUAGCGGUUUGUCAUACGGUGGUGGCUAUUCCAAUGGUCUCAUUUCUUCCGGAGGUUACGGUAUCUCCUCACCUGGCUACGGUAUCUCCUCAUCUGGCUACGGUAUCUCCUCAUCUGGCUACGGUAUCUCCUCAUCUGGCUACGGUUUAUCUUCAUCUGGCUACGGUCACGGCGAUCUAGGUGGAUACUCUAAAAUCAUCAGUAGCCACUAAUAUAAAUUCUUCAUAAGAACCCUUACAAUGUACAAGUCCAUUUAUAAUGAUUAUUAAUACCAGAUAUAAAUUAAUAAAAUUUUCAAACUAUG